GCUCCACCUCUUUUCCUCCACCCCUAGUAUGCAACUAUAAGAGUGCAUGUGUCUCACAAACAGGACUUCACUCACAGAGAUCUCAUUAUAGGUUCACUGUGAGAAACUGCAGUUUGAGUUUUAUACUACAACAAAACACAAUAAGAACAGCAAAAUGCGUGAGUGCAUCUCUAUCCACGUUGGCCAGGCUGGGGUCCAAAUGGGCAACACUUGCUGGGAACUGUACUGCCUGGAGCAUGGAAUCCAGCCCAACGGCCACAUGCCCAGCAGCAAGCCCAGUGGAGGCUAUGAUGACUCCUUUACCACCUUUUUCAGUGAGACGGGAACUGGGAAGUAUGUUCCCAGGGCCAUAUUUGUUGACUUGGAGCCAACUGUUAUUGACGAGGUUCGUACAGGGACCUAUCGUCAACUUUUCCACCCUGAGCAGCUGAUUUCAGGUAAGGAGGAUGCUGCCAAUAACUAUGCCCGCGGCCACUACACCGUUGGAAAGGAGCACAUUGAUUCUGUACUCGACAGGAUACGCAAGCUGUCUGAUCAGUGCACAGGGCUCCAAGGUUUCCUCGUGUUUCACUCAUUCGGAGGGGGAACAGGCUCUGGUUUCACCUCUCUGCUGAUGGAACGCCUCUCAGUGGACUUUGGCAAGAAGUCCAAGCUUGAAUUUGCCAUCUACCCUGCUCCUCAGGUCUCUACAGCUGUGGUAGAGCCCUACAACUCCAUCCUAACCACCCACACCACCUUGGAGCACUCUGACUGUGCCUUCAUGGUGGAUAAUGAGGCCAUCUAUGACAUCUGUCGCAGGAAUUUGGACAUUGAGCGCCCAUCCUACACCAAUCUCAACCGCCUUAUUAGCCAGAUCGUCUCCUCCAUCACUGCCUCCUUGCGCUUUGAUGGUGCCUUGAAUGUGGACUUGACAGAAUUCCAGACCAACUUGGUGCCCUAUCCACGUAUCCACUUCCCUCUGGCCACCUACGCCCCUGUUAUCUCAGCAGAGAAGGCCUAUCACGAGCAGCUCACUGUGGCUGAAAUUACCAAUUCCUGCUUUGAACCAGCCAACCAGAUGGUUAAAUGUGAUCCUCGGCACGGCAAGUACAUGGCCUGCUGCCUGCUGUAUCGUGGCGAUGUGGUACCCAAAGAUGUCAACGUGGCAAUCAGCAACAUCAAAACUAAGCGUAGCAUCCAGUUUGUGGACUGGUGUCCCACAGGCUUCAAGGUGGGCAUCAACUACCAGCCUCCCACUGUGGUCCCUGGUGGAGACCUGGCCAAGGUGCAGAGGGCUGUGUGCAUGCUGAGUAACACCACUGCCAUUGCUGAAGCCUGGGCCCGACUUGACCACAAGUUUGACCUGAUGUAUGCCAAGAGGGCCUUUGUCCACUGGUAUGUGGGUGAGGGUAUGGAGGAGGGAGAGUUCUCAGAGGCCAGAGAGGACAUGGCAGCUCUGGAGAAGGAUUAUGAAGAGGUUGGCCUCGACUCAUAUGAUGAUAAUGACGAAGGGGAGGAGUAUUAAAAACAGCUCUUAAAAUGUUUUUUAUGUCUGUUUUCUCCAGAGUUUGUGUUCAUAAAACACUAAACCACUCUCUCAUUGCUAUAAGUUACUGCUGAGCAGCAGUUUGUUGAAAUAAAUACUAUUAUGUUUGAUUUUACUGAAAGAUGACUCUCCAGAGAAAAAAAUAAUAAUUCUUUACCUUAUUUUCUAAAUAAAGCUGUUUACACCUUC